GGAAAGAGAGGAGGAGGAGGGGGCCGCCGACCCCCGCCUGCGCAGCGGCGCGGCCGGGCCGCGGGUUCGUGUGGCCGCAGCAGGCCGGCGCCGCUCCUCCUCGCCCGGCCUCCCCUGUCCCUGCCUCCCUUCCCCGCCGUCCUCCUUUCCCUUCCCUUCCCUUCCUCCCCUUCCCUUCCCUCCCCGGCGGCCGCCGCUCUCCCCCCGCUGCCAUUUCCGUGCGGCUGGCCACCCUCUGCCGGCGCGGAGUGUGUCUGCGAGCCGUUGGCUGCUCCGAGCCGUUUGGCUCCUUCCCUUAGUAACAGCUUUUACAUUCUGCCUCAAUUCCUCCUCAAUCUAAAUCACACACACACACACACAGAUAUUACUUUUUUUUUUUUUUUUUCCUUCUCCCCUCCUUCCUCGGGACUUAAUCUCUAAUCCCCCCUCUUUCCCCACCCUCCCCCUCCCCCCGCUCUCUGGCUUGGGAUAUAAUUGAAUAUCACAGCACUAUUUGGUGCCUGGUGCUUUUUUUUUUUUCUUCCUCCUGUGCGUGUGUGCUUUUUUUCCUGUUUUUUUUUUUUUUUUUUUCCUCCUUGUGGACACCUCAGCUAAAAAAAAAAAAAGGCAAAAAAAAAAAAAAGACUUAUACAUAUCCGUGCGUACACACACACACAGAGACAUGUGCAUGUAGGUCCGUAUGGCUGUAUAAAAAAAAAAAAAAACAACAAAAAAAAACAACCAACCACCACCAACAACAAAAAAAAAAACCCAAGCACCACGGGAGCGGAGACAAACAAGGGGGAAUUUCUCUCGCCUCCGUGCCCGGGGGAAGCAGCCAGGCAGCCGCCACCCGCAAGCAUCACCCUAUUGUGGCAAGAGAUACCUGAAAGGAAAACUUCCUCAUAUCAAUGCACUGCCAAUGGUGGUGUAAUACCAAGGGCUGUACUGCUGCCACAUCACAAUAUUGUGGGGUUUCAGAGAGUAGUUCUGGGUUGUGUCCUUUGUUGUGACCUCAUGGUUUAACUGGGAAUAAAGAUGAGUAUAAGCAGUGAUGAGGUUAACUUCCUGGUAUAUAGAUACUUACAAGAGUCAGGGUUUUCCCAUUCAGCAUUUACCUUUGGUAUAGAGAGCCAUAUCAGCCAGUCCAAUAUAAACGGUGCUCUGGUGCCACCAGCUGCUUUGAUUUCCAUCAUCCAGAAAGGUCUGCAGUAUGUAGAGGCAGAAGUCAGUAUUAAUGAGGAUGGUACCUUGUUUGAUGGUAGGCCGAUAGAGUCUCUCUCACUGAUAGAUGCAGUGAUGCCUGAUGUGGUACAGACAAGACAACAGGCCUACAGAGAUAAACUUGCACAACAGCAGGCAGCAGCUGCUGCAGCCGCAGCUGCAACUAACCAACAGGGAUCAGCAAAAAAUGGUGAAAAUACUGCAAAUGGGGAAGAGAACGGAGCACAUACUAUAGCAAUCGUUUCCCACAAUGCAGAUAAUCACACAGAUAUGAUGGAAGUAGAUGGAGAUGUUGAAAUCCCUCCCAACAAAGCAGUGGUACUGCGUGGCCAUGAAUCUGAAGUAUUCAUCUGUGCCUGGAAUCCCAUUAGUGACCUUUUGGCCUCAGGAUCUGGAGAUUCAACAGCACGGAUAUGGAACCUCAGUGAAAACAGCACAAGCGGCUCAACGCAGCUGGUACUUCGACACUGUAUACGAGAAGGAGGGCAGGAUGUACCGAGCAACAAAGACGUGACAUCACUGGACUGGAACAGUGAAGGUACACUUCUAGCAACUGGGUCUUACGAUGGCUUUGCAAGGAUAUGGACUAAAGAUGGUAAUCUUGCCAGCACCUUAGGGCAACAUAAAGGUCCUAUAUUUGCGUUAAAAUGGAACAAGAAAGGAAACUUCAUUUUAAGUGCAGGAGUGGACAAGACCACAAUUAUUUGGGAUGCCCACACUGGUGAAGCCAAGCAGCAGUUUCCAUUUCAUUCUGCACCAGCAUUAGAUGUUGAUUGGCAGAGCAACAACACAUUUGCUUCUUGCAGUACAGACAUGUGUAUUCAUGUCUGUAAACUAGGACAAGAUAGGCCCAUCAAAACCUUCCAGGGUCACACAAAUGAAGUAAAUGCAAUCAAAUGGGAUCCAACUGGUAAUCUUCUGGCAUCCUGUUCUGAUGAUAUGACUCUAAAGAUCUGGAGUAUGAAACAAGACAGUUGUGUCCAUGACUUGCAAGCACACAACAAAGAAAUUUAUACUAUCAAAUGGAGUCCUACAGGACCAGGAACAAAUAAUCCAAAUGCCAAUCUUAUGUUAGCAAGUGCAUCCUUUGAUUCUACUGUUAGGUUAUGGGAUGUUGACAGAGGAAUUUGUAUUCAUACUCUGACAAAACAUCAAGAACCUGUGUACAGUGUAGCUUUCAGUCCUGAUGGCAGGUACCUGGCCAGUGGCUCCUUUGAUAAAUGUGUACACAUCUGGAAUACGCAGACAGGUGCCCUAGUUCACAGUUAUCGGGGAACAGGAGGGAUUUUUGAGGUUUGCUGGAAUGCAGCAGGAGACAAAGUUGGAGCAAGUGCUUCAGAUGGUUCAGUUUGUGUAUUAGACCUACGGAAAUAGCGCUACUAGUUGGAAGCCAUGGACCGACUAUGAAUGUGUACAUAGCCAAAAUGACUGUCCCUGACCCAUGUACUGCUAUAGUCCCAAUUGAACCAUGGCCAGUCCACUACAGCCAAACAAAAAGAAAUAUAUACAUAUACUGUAUAUAAAAAAAAAAAAAAUUACACCCUGAAGAGGAUGACAGAGUUUUGUCACAGCUUGUGAAUCCUGUUCACCAAGUGCUGGAAUCUGCUGUGCCCCAAAAUAACAUUUAAAUGUUUUGGAUAUGAAAAACAGAAGAGAGAGCGAGAGAGAGAGAGAAAUAUACCGUAUACAAGAGCAGACCCAUAUACAUACCAAAUUCAGAAGAUACUAAUGGCAGCCUUCAUUACCCCUUUUCCCCUCUAAAUCCAUUAUGACAAUGGAUUGUGGGGUAUUUUUUUCUUUCCUUCUCAGUAGUUGAGCAGUUUGUGUGUACAGAGAAAAUGGACUUACAGAAAUCUGCAGCAGUAGUUUUUUCUUUGCUUUUAAACAUUGGGUUUUCUGUUUUGUUUUGGUUAAGUUUACGGAUGCAUGAAGUAAGGGAGUGAAUUAGUUUCUUGUUUGUUUUUUUUUCACCUUGAAAAAAAUGUUUCUUUGAAACGUAUUUUAAUGCAUUCUUUGAAGAGGUAGACUGAACCUGAUAAUGUUUGGUACAUUUUGUGGCUCCCAGAGCACAAUUGUGUGAACAGAGGGAGGGUGGAAAAGGGAUUAUGGAGAGAGAAGAAAAAAGCCUUCUUUGAGGCAUGAUACUUCACAUCCCACUAAUCUACGAAGUAUGACAGUAAUGGGUAUAAUGCUAUGUUUUAUUUUCUGGUGACAUGGCUGAAAUGCAGUAGUUUCUUAUUUGGGACAUAAUUCUGCCAAACUUAAGAAUAAAAGGGCACAAAUAUACAGAAAAGAAAAAUACAGGGAUGCGCAAAAAAAAGACAAAAAAGAGGAGAAAAAAUGCAUCUUCUGUUGCUUUAAGACCAUAGCUAAAAUAUGGUUAAAUUGUGCACUAUUGUGGAAAGGAGCAAAAUAUAGCUGGGGGAUUUGUUUUUUUAAGAGGUUAAGAUCUUUCUGGACAAGGGUUCAUGCCACAGCUUCUCUGAGAGUUGGCCAUCGUUAUUUGUAGGAGCUUAGAUGUAUAAUUGUAACCAAACUCCAGUAUUAAAAGUAUCUCAUGUAAUUUUUCUUUAUUAAAAUAAAAUCUUUGGCAUAUAUUUGAUAACACUGCCAUUAAGAGGCAAAAUGUUUACUACCUUAGAUUUAAAAAAAAAUCUUAAACAGAGGACUUGCUUCAAGUUUAUUUUAAUAGCAGUGAUUCAGCUUAUUUAAAAGAUGAAUACUUGCACUAAUUCCCCUGCUGCUCCAGCCCUGCAGUUUAUUGUAUCUUGUGACUACAUUUUUUUUCCAAAUAUAGGGUAGAUGUAAGCUGCUAUUUUUUUAAUAAUCACUACUAUAUAGUGUCUUUUACUCUGUUUACAAUAUCAAGUAUUUUUCUUACAAUGACAGAUGUAUAUGGCAAACCUUUUUCUGCUCAUGUGAUUAAAAGUAUACUGAUAGUGAUUUUAUUUGUAAAUGAUAGCAUGAGGUUGUGUUUACGCGUAUGUGUAGUUGAAAAGGUUGCAUCAUGUCUUGCAUAAGUUUCCAAGAGUGUAAAUUUAUAAAAAGAGAGGUUGUCAAAUUUAUGUCACAGGCAUUUUACUUAAGGAAUGGUUUAUAUUACAGAGCUUUACAAAGUUAUCAGUUUUAGAACACUAUUUCAAUCACAAAUAAUUUUGUGGCUUAUGAUUGGUAGUCUAAUUUUUUUCUCCCCCCCCCCCUUCCCCCAAGUUGCGUAUAAAUUGAUUUAAUCAAGGUAAUGCAGCUUUGACAUUUUAACAAUCGUUCUUUAGGCAUUCAUUUCUGCUAUUUCCAUGGAGUAAACACGACUUGAAGCAAGUCUGAGUUUGGCUAAGGUAGGGUAGCAAUUUGCCAGUGGUAAAGAGAAGUCGUCAAUACAUUCUUUAUAUAUACCCCAGGAAUAUAAUACUAUCGUAUACAGCAUUUAAAAUAACAAAAAGUCAUAUCCAUAAAGGCAGUCAUCCAUGAUGGUUCGGUGCCAGCUGUUUUUAGGGUUUUGGAACAUAUUACAAAUGUUUAGAGCAUACCCUGUGAGUUACAGUAUGUAGGAAACCUAAUAUAUUGAGUGUCUGGCACUUGAAAUAUUGCUUUUAUUGCUGGAGGUCCAUGACUGUGGCUGACCUCUGUCAUUAAUGAAAAAAAUAAAAAUAAAAAAAAAUCUGUGCAAUAAUUUUAAACUGUGCUCCCAGGAAUAGACACAAAUGUUUUGAGUAUGUUUAAGCUGCAUUUUUCAUUUAGCAAUGCGUUUGUCAAUUGCACUGAAUUUAAACCUGAAAGUCAGAAGUGAUUCUUGAUAGUACUUUUGUAUUUUAAUAUGGACAGUUUAUUCAUUUUCAUAAAAGUUAUUGGAUGAUUCUUUCAGCCAGUCUAAACAAUUGUGGUGGAAUUCUGUGACAUAGCUGCAAAAUCACACAGCCAUGUUUUAGGGUAUUGCCAUUUUCCUCUUUCUCAAUCAUCAGCUGUUUUGGUUGUAAUCCUAGUUGCUUAAGCAUACUAUCACAUAUUCAUAAAUAGAUAAAACAGAGCUUCAGUAUCAGAGGUCUAGGGUUUUCAAGUGCUUGAAGCAUAGUCCAGCAAUGCCGGAUCUGUUGACGUGAGUGCUCUGGACGUGCAGGCUAACACCCCCAACCCAGUGUUAAUCAGCAGUGCCCCACUGUAGUGGAAUUCUGCCAGUUCCCAGUAGCGACGGGUCUGGCCACUAGGUAUUUUAUUGUUGUCCUUUACUAGCAUGCCACAGUGCUGCUCCUGCUCACACCUCUUCUCGCCUCUUGUUUUAUACACUGUUAAAUGCAUGCAUGCCAGGUGUGCUAGGUUCUGUGAUUCUGUGAAGCAAAAGAAAAAAAAAAAAAGAAAA